AUAUUAGCAAUCAGUUCCAUGUUCAAUACUGCAUUCAGUUCUUGUCCUGUAGAUAAUACUGAUAUAUUCAGUCCCAUUAAUCAGUAUCUCUAUGACAGCAACACUAUUACCUCCAUCAGCCCACUGAAUAGAUAAAAUGUUCAUCAGACCUGCUAUCAGGUUAACAAAACAAUGCCUACUUCGUUAUCAAUUUAAACAUUUGAACAGUCCAUUGCUACCAAGAUACAACAACACAAGUACCUGUUGCUAUUAUGUUUAAUGCCCUUAAUGACCAAAGUGAAAGAGGAUAAAAGGUAUAUAAAGGUAUGAAGUCAGAAACUCCCAAAGUCGAGACCUAACCCCAGUGUCGGUAUCUGAUUCAGAUUAGUAGACUGAUAUUUUUUUUACCAACACUGUAAGUACACAUCAUUGCGUGUGUAACUAGAUCUCUCUGGCAGAGUAGAUUUCUUUUUGUUCCACCAUGUUUUUGAAGAGAAAUACAUUCCUGCUGGUCUUUCUGUUGUGUUCUCUGGCCUUGUGGUGUAAGUCGAUCAGUGCUGGCUCCAGCUUUCUCAGCCCCUCUCAUAAACCUCAGAACAGAGGGAAAUCAUCCAGAGUCGGCCGCCAAGUCAUGGAGGAGUCCGGUCAACCUCCUGAGGACGACCACAUCACAAUAAGUGCCCCAUUUGAAAUUGGCAUCACCAUGAGUGAAGAGGACUUUGAGGAGUAUGGCGACAUGAUGCAGGAGGUCAUUCAGCGUCUGCUGGGAAACACAAAGACUGCAGAGAGAUCAUCACAACUUUGAAGAUAAUGGAUGAGAUCUUCAAAUUUGCAGUCUCAAUGCUUUCCAAUUUCAACAUCAUUAGAUAGUGAUAGUAAAAAAAAAUAGCCUGUAGACAUGUUGGUCUCAUUUCUUUCAAAGCCCUUAAAACACUGUUCACUCAGACUGUAGCUAAACAGUUUACAGCCUGUAAUCUAAGAGAAAUGACUGAUGUCCAACUCAUCACAAUUUAAAACAAGAAACUGUUCACCAGGUGUAAAAUCUUAACUUCACUUUUGGGAGCUUUCAAACUGAUCCCAGAGUCUUCAUCAACAAUGAGGUUGUUUCAGUUUUUAUCAUAUGAACUUAUUAUGGAGCUUAACUGGUGUAAAUAUGGUUCAAUAUGAAUUUAACAUAAUACAGAAGCUGAUAUAAGUUGAAUAUCAUUAUAUAUGGAUCUUUAAAAUUAUUUGAUCAAACUACUACUAAAAAUGAACUUCCACUCUCAAAUGUGUAAAAUUAUGAAUUUAACGUUUCUCAUAGGUGUUCAGACAUCCUUGUGGAUGCAGAUGAGUCACUCAUAUUCAUGAUCGCAUAUUAAUCAGAAUUUAAAAACAGCCAACAUAUACAUGUACAGUACGUACUGUACAACCAGUCCUGAUUAGUGUUUAGAGACAAACAUGUGCUUGUAAAAAUAAAGCAUUAAUUAACCUUUUCUCUCUGUCUCAUCUUUGACUCAAGUCUACUGGAACUUGUAUACAAUUGACAGUUCAGGGCUUUUUUUUCAUUUAAUUUGGUGAUGUAACUGAGAAGGGCUCCUAGGCUGUAAAUACUGUAAUAUAACUCUUUAUUAUCCUUCAAACAAAUAAACAGUAAAGGACAUUCAUUCACCCCCUAAAUGAAUGGCAUUUUUGUGUGAAAACAGAAUAUGAACAUGAAAAUAAUUGCAAUCACAGGCCUAAAUACUGCUGUUUUAGACAUGUGAACAUCACAUUACCAACUCACAGAACAAGGCUGUAAAUCAUCUUGUUCAAACUUCAGGAACUAGGUCAAACACAGCCAAGCACAAACAAAAUGUUAGAUGUGUUUUAUGUUGCUCUGAUGCAUUUACCUGUCUUUGUGUUCCACCUCAUAGCUUUUAUUUAGGACAGAUAUACCAUCAAGGACAGUGUGCUCCGACCUACAUUCUGGGAUGGAUAUAAAACUCUUGUGAACAAGGCUUUUAUUAAGAACCUGGCAAAAGUGUAAAUGUAUGUGUUUUUAACACAUCUCUUUUGUCAAACCUGAUAUGCCAGAGGCACGUCUACCCAUCUACCAUUAAUCUAAUCCUCCAACUGCAUACUCGAACCACCAGAAAAUGUCACAAGAAGGCCAGGCUAAUCAUUCUCAAAAUAAAAAGCACUCAAGCGAAAUGUGUGUGUGACGAACAUGGUGGUAUCAAAACAAGCUAAUGGACCAGUCUCUGCCACUUCCGUCUUUCAAUAAAGAAUCAGCUUUGCUCAAGGCAAACAUUAGUGGUGUUAGAAGUUUCGCGGCGGU